UUUGUGUGAUGGUUACUUCACUGCAGCGGUGUGUUACUGCUCAGAUAACAAGACACAUGCUUACAGCACUGAGAGCAGAGGCGAGCAGACCCGAAGCGGAAGAGCUGUCAUGGAGCUGAGUUUACUCCUCAAGUCAUCUGAAUGAGACAGCAUGAGUGAAAGUGUGUUUGUGUGUUUGUCACACAUUAGAUCGGAUUUACAGGAAUCAGCUGAUCCGAGUGUAAUGAGGGGAUUGUAGUCAGUCUGAAAAUGGCUGAUCUGUCGGUUAAAAGCCCCAUCUUCAUCAGCAGAGAUGGAUCUGACCCCCCCUCCGUCCCACCCAGCAUGUCAAUUGACCAACUCCUUCCAGCCCUGCUUGAGUGUUUUGGGAUCAUUCUCUGUGGAUACGUCGCAGGUCGUACAAACAUCAUCCCGGCUACACAAGCUAAAGGACUGGGCAGCUUUGUGUCCAAGUUUGCGCUUCCAGCCCUGCUUUUCAAAAACAUGGUGCUGCUGGAUUUCGGGGAUGUAAUCUGGCCUUUUUUCUUCAGCAUUUUGGUGGCUAAAGUGACUGUGUUCUUCUCUGUGUGUGUACUCACACUUUUGGUGGCAAACAGAGCGAGCCGUUUCUCCAAAGCUGGCUUGUUCUCCAUAUUUGCCACACAGAGUAAUGACUUUGCACUGGGAUUUCCCAUAGUUGAAGCUCUGUACCGCAACACUCAUCCGGAGUAUCUUCAGUACAUAUACCUGGUUGCUCCUGUCUCCCUCAUGGUCCUAAACCCGAUAGGCUUUGUGUUUUGUGAAGUGCAGAGGUGGAGGAAUGGUGAACCUCACCAGAAGAGUAAGCUGCAGGUGGUGGGUUUAGUGCUCCUUCAGGUGGUCAAGAACCCUAUUGUCUUUAUGGUGGUGAUCGGGGUCAUUUCUCACUUCCUGCUGGGCCAGAAGAUCCCACCCUUCAUGGCGGAGUUUGUAGAUGGUCUGGCAAACUCUUUUGGAGGAGCAGCGCUGUUUUAUCUGGGUCUAACCAUGGUGGGUCAGCUGAAAAAGCUUACCCGCUCUACUGUGAUCGCCCUUAUUCUCCUCAUCACGGCAAAACUGCUGGUGAUGCCGCUGAUCUGUAGAGGGAUGGUUGAGGUUUUAGACUGUGGAAACAGAAGCUCUGUGAACCACACCAGUCUGUCAAACUACGCUUUCCUGUAUGGAGUCUUUCCUACUGCACCUAGUGUGGCCAUAUAUGCAUCACACUACAACAUGGAGCUGGAAGUGGUGACCUCAGGUAUGGUGAUCAGCACGUUUCUUUCUGCUCCCAUCAUGUAUGUGUCUGCCUGGCUGUUGACCAUUCCAUGGAUGGACUCGGAUCCACUAGCAUCACCCCUGCAGCGCGUCAGCUUCAACAUAAGCAUUAUCAGCCUCUUUGCGUUGGUGUGGAGUGUUGCAGUCAUGCUACUGAGCAGGAAGUUUCACAGAAUUCCUCACAUUUUCACCAUAAACCUCUUUGUGGCGCAGUUAUUAACAUGUGUUGGGAUGAUAGCGUGGAACUUCAUGGCAGAGCAGGAUAACUUCCUCGGUCAGGUGUUGACCUUUACUCUACUGUACGGCUCUCUCUACAGCACCUAUAUUUGGCCUGGUCUGAUCGCUCUGACUCUGCUCCUCAUGAGGAAACAUGAGGAUGUGAACUUCAGGCCAGGGCUCGUUGUGAUCACUGGCUGGGGUGUCCCUGUUUUGGCUGUCAGUGUCCUCCUCCUGACAGGGAAAAGACUGCCAAACACUAUUGACUCUGCAUUCUUUUAUGGAAAGACGCAGGUGAUCUGCACGUCUGUGGUGUUAUUUGUGAGUAUCGUGCUGUGUGGCGUCUCUCUUACUCUGCUCAGCAGACAAAGUCGAGACUAUCACAGUCUUGAACAUGGGUCACUGUCUGAAAACGAGGAGGAUGUGCGCCUUCCUUAUGACACAGAGACACAGAACUCUGUGGAGCAGCCCUGUGCUAUAGGCAGCAUCAACACAGACUGUCAGUGUGCGUGUGGCCGCCUGCAGUCCGCGCCUGACAUAACAAGCACCAAAGAGGAAGCAUCCAUCCAAACAGGUCAGUGUGGCCAGCAGUGUACAUCCACAAACUGUUUGCUGGUUGAAGAGGAACAGAAAGUGGCAGACAGACAGAACACCGAUAUCCAGUCAACAAGACAUGUGCUUGUGUGUCUGUUACUGACCAUCAGUCUGCUCGCUAAUCUGUCCAGCUGUCUGUGGUGGCUUUUUAAUAAAGAUCCAGGUCGGCUGUAUCUGGAGCUGCAGUUCUUCUGUGUUGUGGUCAACUAUGGGCAGGGUCUCAUUUCAUUCGCCUUUUUUGGCCUUGACAAGCAUUUAAUUAUUUCUCCGUUCAAAAAGAGGUUAGCGAGCCUGUGGCAGGGUUGGGGUCAAGAGGUCACAGGCUCUGCACCGUCUGAGGAGAUCAGAAUGACCUGCAGUCAGUUCCUUACAUAUCAUAAGGAGCAGUGUGUCAGAGACAUCGUUCACAAGAAAAGGUGUGGAAAGAGAAGCAUCGCAGAGACGUUUCUGGGCAGCGACAUGGUGCGCUGGCUGCAGAGCGUGGGAUUGGCCAACGACCAGGGGGAGGCGCUAGUGUACGGCUCGCGUCUGCUCGAGGGCGGAGUCAUUCAGCACAUCACCCUUGAGCACGACUUCCAGGAUGAAGCGCUGCACUACCGCUUCACAUAGAGGAGUCAAAUCUAUCAAAUCCGCUUCUAAGGCUGGUAGACGCACAUUAUAGUCAAUGGCACAGCACACAUUUAAGUGAAUUAUUUAUUCUGCUGAUACUAAUAGCAAUAACCAGAUGUGAAAGUAGUUGGUUAAAAUGAGGUCUUGAAGAUUUAACCUACCUCACACAUACAGGAUGGUAAAGAGCUGACGGAAAUCCUGCUCAUCUGCUUUUUUCCUCUUAGUGUUUUUUUUUUAUUAUUAUUAUUAUUAUUUUGACAGCUUAUAUUGACCUGCCUAAUAUGUUCAUUUCACAUUUUCAUUUAUCCAGAACAGACAGAAUUUAAUUGAAUGUAAAGUCUAAGGUUUACAGCUGAUUUUGCACCACACAGGUGUUGUUGCAGGAUUUUUUUUUUCUGAACUUUUGUAAUGAGAGUAUUUUUCUUUUUUAUUAUUUUUAUAAGUAGGUAAGUUAUUUUCAUUUCAUAUUUAAGUCCAGACAACUUGUGGGUUUCACAAUAAAACAUUUCUCCAGAUGAAUCUUUCUGGAAUGAUGAACUUUACAAAGCACUUCAGUGAAAGUGUUUGUUAAUUGCAUGGGAUAUCCGUGCUUCUAUGUUUGGUAUUUUUGUAUAUAUAGUUUUAUAUAAAAAUACAGAUGUAUAAUUCAAAGCUGAAUAUUGUUUAAUACCCAGCCCAAAAAAUACAAAACAUUACAGCUCAUCGUUUAAAUGAAUGCACUAUAUUGAAUUUAAAUAAUGGUCUUGUUCUGUAUGUACAUAUUAUGUACUUAUUAAAGUACAUUAUAGUAUAAUAACUGGGAAAAUAAAGAGAUACUAACCCUGAGCUUAACCAUUGUACUUACCUUAUAUUACCCAGUACUUUAUUUGGCAAAUACACUGUAAGUGCACAUACUGUAAAAUAAAAUGCAACCCAUUUAAUUAAAAAAAAAAAAAAAAAAAAAUAAAUACAUAAAAUUAUAAUGUUUUUGUGUGUUUUUUUAUGGA